GCAAUCCGUGAUGGAUCCAAAGAGGACAGAGGGUUUGCGGUAGGGUACAGCUGAAGCGCGGCGCGGGGAAGCAUGGAGGUGGCGGAGACCAAGGCGGAGGCUGCAGCCUUAGAGGCCCUGGCAGAGGUGGCAGACAUCCUGGAGCCAAGAGGCCUGCAGGAGGAGGCGGAACUGCCUGCCCAGAUCCUGGCUGAGUUUGUGAUGGACUCCCGGAAGAAAGACAAGCUGCUCUGCAGCCAGCUUCAGGUGGUAGACUUCCUGCAGAACUUCUUGGCUCAGGAGGACAUUGCCCGGGGCCUGGACCCCUUGGUUUCUGAAGACACGAGCCGGCAGAAGGCAAUUGCAGCCAAAGAGCAAUGGAAAGAGCUGAAGGCCACCUACCAAGAGCACGUGGAGGCCAUCACAAGUGCCCUGACUCAGGCCCUGCCCAAGGUGGAGGAGGCCCAGAGGAAGCGGGCACAGCUCCAGGAGGCCCUUGAACAACUCCAGGCCAAGAAGCAAGUGGCCAUGGAGAAACUCAGAAUAGCCCAGAAGCAGUGGCAGCUGCAACAGGAGAAGCAUCUGCAGCAUCUGGUGGAGGUUUCUGCAGAGGUGAGGGAGCGUCAGACAGGAAUGCAACAGGAGCUUGAGCGGCUGUAUCAGGAACUGGGAACCCUGAAGCAAGAGGCAGGGCAGGAGCGAGACAAGCUGCAGAGGCACCAGACCUUCCUCCAGCUGCUAAACACCCUGCAGGGUAAGCUGCUCUUCCCUGAGGCAGAGGCAGAACUGCCACAAGAGCUGGAUCUUCCUGAGCGUAAGCCCCAGCAGCUGACUCAGCCCCACGAGCAUAACACUGGGGACACCAUGGGGAGAGAUGAGGAUGUGUCCUCCAAGGUGAAUGAGAGAGGAGACAGAUGGGCAGGGAGGUGGAGAGAAAAGCUGAGAGAUAGGCCUUAUCCGUUGCCCAUACCAUGUCUCCCCAAGGCCAGCGGCCCACAGCCUGCUAGGGAUGCAAGCGUGCCACAGCUUCCUAUGAGACAGCAACAUGAGGAAGGAUCCUAG